AUGCUCGAACAGGCCGAGUACCGUCGACAAUUGAAAGCGUUAAGUUUCGAGACCAUAUGGGAACAAAACGGACUUGACCGCGACCGUCUGCUGCAAGUAUGCAGCAAUAACGAUUGCAUGUCCAUCAAGAUCAAACCAACGAACUCGAGGUUCCCACAUCCCUCGCCUAACCGCCAUCGAGCAAACCUAUCCCACAUCGAUAUCAAAAUCACCUAUUCUCGUAUUUACAACGAACCGGUACUGUAUCUGAGACUUUGGAAGUCAGUGCCGUGCUCCAUGUCACCCGACCUCGAAGAAUUGUCCCCAUAUUACCCUUCCGACGUCUACGAAUCGUUGGCCAUAGAUAAAUCGCAAUUUACAGUAGAGUUGCAGCACGUGGAGUGUGACGCCGGCGCGAACGAGGUAUGGUACUGUGUCCAUCCCUGCGACACACAAGAUCGGAUUGGAAUGCUCCACCGAGAACAGUAUCUGAGUCGUUGGGUAAGUGUCUAUUUACUGAGUUGGUUACCGCCAGCACAUCGGAGUUAA